AUGUGCGGCGGACGGUUACUCACAGACAUCAAGGUUCCCACGGUGACGCGGAAGGGACUCAGACUGGACGACGAUGAGGAGGACUUCGAGGCCGAAUUAAAGGAGUUCGAGGCCGACUCUGGGGACUCUGACCUGGAGCUUGGGCAUAGUGGGGUGGCUGAGAAGGACGACGACGAGGAGGUCAUCAAGAUUAAGCCCUCUGCCACCAUCAAGAGGCCCCUCUCCCAAGAUGACUUAAGCACCAUGAGUACUGUUGGUUUUGAUGGUCCUUCAGAAAGGCCAGCAAAAAGGAAGAGAAAGAACCAAUUCAAGGGUAUCCGUCAGCGCCCCUCGGGUAAAUGGGUUGCUGAAAUCAGAGAUCCUAGCAACGGUGUCCGUGUCUGGCUCGGUACUUUCAACAGUGCUGAAGAAGCCGCAAGAGCUUAUGAUGUCAAAGCACGCAGGAUCCAUGGCAAGAAGGCCAAGGUUAACUUUCUAGAGGAACCAACAGUUCAGGAACCCAAAGCACCCAAGCCAAGCGCAGGACAGGAACCUAUCGUCACACCAGCAGUCAACAACCAUGCUAUACCAAAUGCUUUCAUGUACCCAUCUCCUGACUUUGCAUCAAACCAGCCACUUAUUCAGCUUGAUAACGUGCCAUUUGUUUCUGCAAUGAACUCCGUUGUCCCUGUUGAAGAUCCUGUUAUGAAUAUGUACUAUGAGCAAGGAAGCAACACUUUUGGCUGCUCUGACUUGGGCUGGGAGUAUUACAUCAAGACUCCAUAUAUAUCAUCCAUGGCUCCCAUUUUCACUAUUGCUGAAGGAGCAGAAUCUGCACUUGUCCAGAGUAACACCUACAACUCAGUGGUGAUUGCUGAAGGAGCUGAAUUCGCGCUUGUCCAGAGUAACACCUACAACUCGGCGGUGCCUCCUGUUAUGGAGAAUGAUGCUAUCGAUUUCGAAGAUUGGAUGAGGUUCUGUAUGGAUGAUGGCACCGAUGAGCCGAUUGAUAGCCUUCUGAAUUUUGAUGUGCCUCGUGAUGUCGUCGACAACAUGGACCUUUGGAACUUUGAUGACAUGUCGAUCCGUGGCGAAUUUUUCUGA